AUGAUUCUUCCUCCAUUUAAAAUGUUUGAAAGGAAAGCUAGACAAAGUGAGAAAUGGAAUUUGAACAUGUCGAUGCAGGACCAGGUUGGCAUCUCAAUGUCGCGAAACGCUGUCGUUGCUACGGGUUUAGUUGUAUUUUCGGCUGCUGGAUUAGCAUUUCCUUUCUACAUGGCGACAUCACGGAGGGACAACGGAAUGCCUGUAAUUGACUCGUCAAAACCAUUGCCGCCUCAGGCCACUUUUCGAGGACCUUAUGUUAAUACUGGUUCUCGCGAUGUUGGACCUGACGACAGGACUUACUCGAAGAAGUAAUUUUAUUAUCAGCAAUUAGAAAUUCCAAGUCUAGUUUGUAUGUGAAACAGCUUGUUCAAAUUACUGUCAGAUGUAAAAAAAAAAAACUGAAAGUUUCGUUUAUCAAAAAUCAGUUUCAUUGCUUGAUCAGAUUCAUUAAACAUAUGGGAUUAUCAUCUACAGUUACCGGGUUACUUUU